CGCAGUUCGCUAUCAGUCGCGGUCUCCAUCGUUCUCGCCCAUUCAACUCCCCACAAACGGGUUGAUGGUGAUCAGUUCGGCCAUUUCUUAUCGUUCAAAAGUUAAAACAGGAAUAAAAUCAAUUCCUUGCAUUGAAAUAAUUUCGAUUGCAUUUCGGUUAGAAAUUUUUGUGUAAGUUUCAGUACAAUCGUUAAAGGGAACGUAAGUUCCGCUCCUAAAACAAGUUUUGUCCCGUUUUUCACCUGCGCUAAUCUAACAUGUUCGGAUUUCGAACGGUAGCCAGCGCCGUACUGGCUCUGUCAGCUUUGACCGCGUUGACCGUCGUCGCCCACGAUGAGGACACCCAAAGUGUUCUGCUGACGAAGGACAACUUCCAGGCGGAGCUGGACGAGAGUAACUAUUUCGUUAUGUUCUUCGCCCCAUGGUGCGGUCACUGCAAGAAACUUGCCCCCACCUGGUCCAAGCUAGCGGAAUCGAAGCAGGAAGACACGAACUCCCAGGUGCGCAUUGGCCGUGUCGACUGUACCGUUGAUGGGGACCUGUGCAGCGAACAGGACGUGACCGGCUACCCAACGCUGAAAUUCUUCAAAGCCGGCGGAUCGGCCGAAGGACCGGUUAAGUAUCGAGGUGCCCGGGAUCUGGAAGCGUUCAACAGCUUCAUCCGGGAACAGUUGGGCAUCGAGCAGGACGAUUCCGAGGAAUCGGUUGCUGAACCACCGAAGCCGGUGUCCCCACUUGUGGAGCUGACCGAUGACACUUUUGCCAAGCACAUCUCUAGCGGUAAACAUUUCGUCAAAUUCUUUGCUCCAUGGUGUGGUCACUGCACCAAGCUGGCCCCGACUUGGGAGGAAUUGGCUAAAACCUUGGAGCAUGACAGUUCUAUCAGUAUUUCCAAAAUCGAUUGCACCCAGUAUCGCCCGAUCUGUACCGAUUUCGAGGUCAAGGGCUACCCAACACUGUUGUGGAUCGAAGAUGGCAAGAAAAUCGAGAAGUAUUCCGGCUCCCGAUCCCACGAGGAAUUGAAGGCGUAUGUUUCCAAGAUGGCCGGUGGUCUGAAGUUAGAAGAGGAGGCCGAGAAGGUUGCCGAGGGAGCCGAAAAGGAUAACACUUCGGUGGUGGUUCAGCUAUCGCAGCCAGAUUUCCAGCACGCAAUCGAGAAGGGAGUCACCUUCAUCAAGUUCUACGCUCCAUGGUGCGGCCACUGUAUGCGUAUGGCCCCAACUUGGGAACAGCUGGCGGAGAAGUUUGUAGGAUCCGAUGCCGUCAAGAUUGCCAAAGUCGACUGCACCCUGGAGGUGAACAAGGACCUUUGCGGAGAGCAGGAAGUCAACGGAUUCCCGACGGUGUUCAUCUACCGCAACGGGGAGAAGCUGAGCGAAUACAACGGCAACCGUUCGUUGGAAGAUUUGCACGACUUCGUGACCCGACAUGUGACUGCCGGCGAUCACGACGAGCUGUAAGCUCGUAGUUGGAUGGGGUGGCCAAAUUUCAUGUGCGAAGUGUGAGUGAAUCUAUUGCCGAAAGUCUCUAGCAUACCAAUACUUAUCCAUAUCCAAAAAAAGAAUUGUAGGCAAAAACAGUUAAAUUACCGUAGAAAACACAAAACAUCAUCGAUCAAAUUGUUAGUCAAAAUUGAUAUGGAAGUAGCGUUUCAACUGCAUUUGUGAACGAUUGUGAAAACUGAUCUUAAGACAAAAUAAAGUUUGUGGAUUUCAA